AUGGGGGAAAAGGGUCUCCUCUCCCUCAAUAGGACAGCUAUUUUCAUAUUACUCAUUACUCCUAACUGGCCUUUUUGUUCAUUUUUCUUCCUCUUUGUUUGUCCCCACCAUUCUUUGGAAGCUCAUUCAUGGCGCCUCUCUUCUUCUUCUUCUUUCUCCCAUGUCUUCUUCCUUUUGUUCCUCACAUUCCCUAGCUUAUUUACAAUUGUUGGGUCUUUGUUUUUCUUCCUUGUUUUGCCAAACCUUGUUUUAAGUUGCAAAAAAAAGAAGAUUAUUAGUGCCGGGGUGUCUCUCAAGCACGGUCUCACCAUGUUACUCAUUGAGCUGCUUAUGUUUCUUGCCUGCUUCCAUGAAUGUUUAUCCAGCCCAACAGAUCAUCUUAAAAGUUAUAUGUUAACAGAGAGGAGAGCUGAUGCUUUUUUACCUGCAAUUACUCCGAGUGCAUCUCCUCAGCCAUUUCUUCCUCUUCUUGCACCCUCCCCAUUGACGCCCUUCACAAAUAGUACUAUCCCGAAACUAUCAGGACUCUGUAUAUUAAAUUUCACUGCUGCACAAGAUUUGAUGAUCAUGACCUCAAUCGAUUGUUGGGCUGCAUUUGCUCCAUUGUUAGCAAAUGUAAUAUGUUGUCCACAGCUACUUGCAACUCUCGUGAUACUCAUUGGUCAAUUAAGUAAAGAGACUGGUGUGCUUGCUUUAAACAGGACCCUCGCCAAACCUUGUCUCUCAGAUAUUGAGCAAAUUUUAGAAGGCCAGGGUGCUGGUGAAAAUCUCAAGCAGGUUUGCUCAAUUCAUCCAUCAAACCUCACUGAAGCGUCUUGCCCAGUAAAAGAUGAUGAGUUCGAGAACACUGUAAAUUCGUCUGAGCUUCUUGCUUCAUGUGAAAAGAUUGAUCCUGUGAAAGAAUGUUGUGACCAAGUUUGUCAAGGUACCAUAUCGGAUGCUGCAACUAGACUUGCACUAAAAGCUUCUGAUCCUUUGAGCAUGGAUGGGCCCCAGGUUUUACCUGAACAGUCGACGAGGGUAAAUGAUUGUAAAACUAUUGUCCUUCGGUGGCUGGCAAGUAAACUUGGCCCUUAUCAUGCAAAGGAAAUUCUUAGAGGACUAACCAAUUGCAAUGUUAACAAAGUUUGCCCUCUUGUUUUCCCCAAUAUGAAGCAUGUUGCGAACAGCUGUGGAAAUGGAAUAAGUAACCCGACAACAUGUUGUGAUGCUAUGGAUAGCUAUGUCUCUCACUUGCAAAAGCAGACCCUUGUCACCAACUUACAAGCUUUGGAUUGUGCUACCUCCCUCGGGUUGAAGUUACAGAAAUACAAUAUCACCAAAAAUGUAUAUAGCUUAUGUCACUUAAGCCUCAAGGAUUUCUCCCUUCAAGUUGGAAAUCAGGUAUCCGGAUGCCUCCUGCCAAGCUUGCCCUCUGAUGCGACAUUUGACAAGUUCUCUGGAAUCAGUUUCAUUUGUGAUCUGAAUGAUAAUAUUCCAGCUCCAUGGCCAAAUCCAUCGCUUUUGCCAGCUUCAUCAUGCAACAAAACUGUAAGAAUCCCUGCACUACCUGCAGCAACAAAUGCACAAAGUGGUCUUUACAAUAAGUACGUCGCGGUUUAUCUUCUCAUUGUUUCUUCGAUGACCAUAAUGAUGCUCUUACAGUUCUAGUUUUUCAAAGUCGAUUCAAUCUUUAUCCAUAACUGCAUGAUAUAGUGUCAGCCUUCUUUAACCAAGUUUUACAGUGAUACGGACACGAUCCCCUGUUAAUGGAAAGUUUAAUCAGUGGCAAUGCUCAACCAGGUACCGACUCAAGUUCAAGUUCAUGCAUCUGAUCAUAGUAAUUGACGAUUAUUGCAUGUUGUCUGUAAUAAUAUUUUGUAAAAAGAAACUUGUAUCUAUACAAGUAUUUGAUCAUACCAUGUAAAUUUUGAUUAGAGAUUUUAUGAGAAUUUUACUCCAUUCCUUGAGAGCUAUGGCCUAUAGACAUGUUGGAUUGGUUCAACAAGCUUUGUUUCA